UUGUCCAGCUUACGCACACACACACACACACACACUCAACACGUGCCCGUCUGUCCGUUCGUUUGUGGGCGCUGAGCAAGAGGGAAAGAUCCACUAUCUGAAGCUCUCACUUUCAAAUUGGUACCAUGGAUGCUGCAGAGUUCCGGCGGAGAGGGAGGGAGAUGGUGGACUACGUCGCCGACUACCUGGAGAACAUUGAACAGCGUCCGGUUUACCCAGAUGUGGAACCAGGGUAUCUUCGUUCCUUGAUUCCCACGGAGGCCCCACUGGAGCCUGAUAACUAUGAUGACAUCAUGAAAGAUGUGGAAAGGGUCAUAAUGCCAGGGGUAACCCACUGGCAAAGUCCUCACUUUUUUGCCUACUUUCCAGCUGCUAGCUCUUACCCGGCCCUGUUGGCCGACAUGCUAUGUGGAGCCAUUGGCUGCAUUGGAUUCUCCUGGGCUGCCAGCCCGGCCUGCACAGAGUUGGAGACGGUGAUGUUAGAUUGGCUGGGGAAGAUGCUGAAGCUGCCAGAGCAUUUCAUAGCCGGGACUCAUGGCCACGGAGGAGGUGUCAUCCAGAGCACAGCCAGCGAGGCGACCCUGAUGUCUUUGCUCGCUGCCCGCUGUAAAGCAGUGAGACGGGUUCAGGAGACAAACCCCGAAAUACCAGAGGCCGAAGUCCUCUCCAAACUGGUGGCGUACGCCUCUGAGCAAGCUCAUUCUUCAGUGGAGCGUGCGGCCCUGAUUGGAGGAGUGAUGAUGAGGAAGGUUCCCACAGAUAACACCUAUGCCGUUGGAGGAGGCAUGCUUAAAAAGAUGCUGGAGGAGGACAAAGCGGCAGGACGAAUCCCUUUCUACUUCUGUGCGACUCUUGGUACCACCUCAUCCUGUGCUUUUGAUCACAUCACCGAGCUGGGGCCCAUAUGUAAUGAGGAAAAUUUGUGGAUGCACAUCGAUGCAGCAUAUGCAGGGAGUGCAUUCAUCUGUCCUGAAUUUAGGCCUUUGCUGAAUGGCAUUGAGUUUGCUGACUCUUUUAACUUCAACCCCCACAAGUGGCUUUUAAUCAACUUUGACUGCUCUACAAUGUGGGUGAAGAAGAGGCAGGACAUCAUUGGAGCCUUCAAGGUGGAACCCCUCUACCUGAAACACGAGAACCAGGAGUCAGGGCUGGUCACAGAUUAUAGGCAUUGGCAGAUUCCACUGGGAAGAAGAUUUCGCUCACUGAAGAUGUGGUUUGUCUUCCGUUUGUAUGGACUCCAAGGCCUGCAGACUCAUAUACGCAAGCAAGUGGUCCUGGCCAAAGAAUUUGAGAGUCUUGUUCGAGCAGACAAGAGGUUUGAGAUCUGUGCCGAGGUGGUCAUGGGGCUGGUGUGCUUCAGGCUCAAGGGCUCCAAUGAAUUGAACGAGCUCUUGCUAAAAAGGAUCACCGAGAGCAGAGCCAUCCACCUGGUGCCUUGUCAGCUCUCCGGCCUCUUUGUCCUACGCUUUGCCAUCUGCUCACGCACCACUGACUCGGGCCACAUCCAACACGCAUGGCGGCAAAUCACACAGCUGUCCAGUGAGCUUUUGCAAAGUGAUCAUUGACCAAAAGGCUGGAAAGGGGCUGUCCACCAGCAUGUCAAAAGACCGCCCAACGUGAGGACGAAAGAUUUCCUGUUGCAUAUUUCUGUCUGCUGCCAUGCUAUCUAGUCCAGUGAGCAGUGAUCACUAUCCUGUUGAUACAUGUGAAAAUAACGCCUUACAAAAAUCAACAAAGCAAAUGUGUACGUAAGGAAAGAAAAUUAUUUUACAUUUUCUAUUUGCAACUUCUCCACUAUUGACCGCUUUUAUCUUUCACUGUCUUUGUGCUUGCAUCAUUCCGCCGUGAGCCUCUGUCUAUGCCGCUUCCGUGUCUUCACGUCCAACAUGGGUUGGUUUAUUGUAAAUGCGUUGUACAUUGAUUGUCUAAAUGGAUUUAUAAGUCAACAGGUGCUGUCACAGAAUUAGCUUUUAAAUGUUCAUGAUUUAUCAUCAAGCUUUAAAUGAAGCCUUAGAAAUGAGGGAGUUGUUAUAGAUUUACAAAGGUUACUUUAUGACAAUAUAAUUGUUCCUAGGCUAUGGCUUCAUGAGUUUUUGAAAGUAAGGAAUUCAAACAUUGCUCCUAAGAAUCAGGAAAACCCCUUUUCACAAAUGCUUUCAUAUCUGACCCGAUUAGCUAAAUUAGUUGUGGUUAAAAUGGCAGGCAGCGGCCGACUAUAUAUUUGUAUACUGAUUUUCUAUCAAUACAUUUAGUGUUUUAUUGAUUUAAGUGCCAUAUGUUUGGCAUAGUUAUAUUGUGCUUCAUUCAGAUAGAAACAAAUGAUCAAGUAGUUGAGUAAGUAGUGCAUAUAUUUGAUAUGUCCGGUGUAUAACAAAUUAAAGCCCCAAGAUGCACCACUAUUUGUCCAUCAUGACAGAUGUCAAACCUUGUUGUGAAUUCAUAUGAUUGUAUCAAAUUGUGCUCAUGUUGCUGAGCAAGGUGUUUUCUCGUUGAGUUGCCUGUGACUUGCAACGGUGAGGGUUUAUUUGAAUAAAGUCUUCAGUG